AAUCACUGUAAAGAAACAUGGCUGAACAAAAGUGAGUGAAUAUUUCUGUUUCUUUACUCGUUAUUCCCGACGAAAAGUUUCGACAUCACUGUAAACUAAUAGUGUUAUGAGCCCGUGAUCUUCAAUAACUAUCAUCUCGUACUAAAAUGGCAUUCCAUUCGCUCGACGUGGAGCUCUGAGUUCGAAGAGUCUAGCCCAAAGUUGCAAAAUGUUAAGACAUUGUCAAAAUUCUCAACGUCUUUCUGUUCUCUCUUCUCAUUUGCAUCGCAGGGCAGACAUAGCUUUGAUCGGUUUGGCUGUUAUGGUAAGUAAAAUUAUAGAUUCUGAAGUUGUCUUAGUCAAUAUUUUGGCCAAGCAUGAUUGUGCAAAUUUCGACACAGCUAGUUGAACUCAGAGAUUUUUCUCUUAUCUUUUAGGGUCAAAACCUGAUCCUAAACAUGAACGAUCAUGGAUUUGUGGUAAGUUUUACUUCUUAAUUUGCUAAAAGUUUAAUGACUGCUCAAGUUUAAGUGAGUUUUGACAAUUUAGGAUUGCAUGACAUCAAUUUAUUCGUGUGCUUUUAAUAUUUAUUUUUUCUUUGUUCUUAGUCUUUGUAAUUUAUUAUAAUAUUUACGCUCAGCGCUAAACAUUAAUUCUUUCGAUGUUUUGGAGUUAUGUAGGUAUGUCUUGCUCGUAUUUUCAGGAGUUUCAAGUAAUCUGUUAGUUCAAAAUCUUCCAUUUUAGAAAAACAGAUCAUUCCCGCUUCACUGGUUACACAUCACUAUCAUUGCUUUUUUCCUUGUUCAACUUAGCUUUACGUCAUGUGGCAAUGAAAAGAACAAGGCAGUCUGACUCUUUGAUCUGUGGUUUCCCUUAACAUCAACAUCAGUUGGAAAGAUAUAUAGAUAGCCAAUCGCAUGAUAGCAAUCAAUGGCACACUUUUAAGCCAUUGUUUUUUUUCGUGUGUUAGGUCCAAUAUUUUACACCUAGUUGAAUUGAAUAUUUGCAAACAAGGAGCCUUUGCAAAAUGACAUAGUGAAAAUUAUUUGUUUGGUAAUUUGACAUUUUGUGGUUUCGUCUUGUUACAUAUCAAACUAAAAUUCAUUCAGUGAUAUUAAUAGAUAAUGAUAGAUAAUGAUAUUCAAUGAUAUGAAUAGAAGAACUUGAUAACUCCUUAACUGUAUUUUCCCUGUACAGCUAAUUGAAAGCAAGUCAGCAACUAUUCCCUCAGACUUGAUCAGUUUUAACUAUAUAAAUGCAAUGGAUUUUGUCGAUACAAAGUAGUCAAAUUUAGGAACCAUUGUAUAUUGGCAUAUUAUGUUUAGGAACUUUUUGGGACAGUUUGUUUUUGCAUAUAAAUUACAGGGCUCUCUAUGAAUUUGAAAUGAUACAAAAUACAGUCACCAAUUUUCUCUUCACUUGGAAACCUAAACAGAAUGCCUCUUUUAAUUUUCUAUCUACACACCCUUAGGGAAUUUUUUCCUGUUACAUAGAAAGUCUUGGUGCUAUUUAUAAGUAUUGAGUGAAAACCAUGACGUGCUUUGUCAAUCUUAAAGGGUGGACAUCAUGCGACAUUAGACAAUUUCAUUACCUAUGACUCAUAGAGGUCAACAAACAUUCACAAAAAGCUGCCAAAUAAACAAGGAUGUUAAGCAUUUACGUCAAAGAAUAGACGAUUGAAAGUAAAACUCUGAAUUCUUCUCAAUGAUUCUAUUCUCAGUUUGUAAAUAUUUGCAAUCAGGUAGGAGAACUUAAAUGUAUGAAAUUAAAACAGGCAUGGAUGAAGAAUUAAUGAAGAUUAAAGCUUACUUAAUUCAUAAGGGUUAACUUGAAAAACAUUUCCUUUCUUUUUCCAAGUUUAUUUCAAUUUGGAUCACUCUUUGUCUAGUAUCAUUUUGUUUCUUGGAAGUCAUCCUUGUUUAUUUUAAAUUUGUUAAUUGGCAAAAAGAAGACAAACUUUGAUUAAUUUAUGAACUAUUUUGAAUCCAUAAAUGUGUUUCUUGAUAAACAGUAACCAAACAAAAAAUAUUUUUUAAUGAUUUGAAGCAAGGUUAUUUCUUUUCCACAAACAAGUAACAUCAUUUUACUUUGAGUUAUACUCAUGGAAGAUUGAUAUUUUAUUUAUUUUUUUUUUUUUAAGGUCUGUGCCUUUAACAGAACUGUUGAAAAAGUUGACAGAUUUUUAGCAAAUGAAGCUAAAGGUAAUGAUUUAAUGUAGACAUAAUCUUUGGAAAACAUUUAUUUCAAUAGGCAGAUGCCUUCAACAAAGAUUUCUUAUGUGCCAGUGAAAUUCAGACCAAAGUGCAUGUUACAAUCAUAUGGCACUCACUUGAUGCAGACAUCAGGCAUGUAUGAGACAGCUACAUUUGUGGGUUGGUGUACCUUAUGGAAAAGAAAGUUCACCAGAACCUCAUUUGAUGAAUGUUAUUGCUUUUUUUUUUUCUUAUGCAUGCAUGCAUAUAACUUAAACAUUUCAUUUAAUUAUAGUUAAGUGGAAACUAGUACCUCUAUCAAUUGUAGAUAUUCAAUUUGGUAGGAUAUUAGAUAUCAAGGAUGCAUCCAGAAAUUUUUGGGAGAUGCGGAGGCUUAAUGAUAUGAUAAGUUUGCUGGACUCUGGGUCAAUAGGUGCAGGUUCAAGACCUCGCCUGGUCAUUGUACUUUAUUUUUGCCAGCAAACUUUAGGGUAAGUGUGAUGAAAAUGGUGAACCUUGCGGCAGACAGGUAUCCCAUCCAGGGGGAGAAGUAGUACUCCUAGUUGCUUCAUGCAACAGAAACUAAGAUAACGCCACUUGGCUCAGGUACAGACUUUACCCUUCCCCUUAAAAUUGACUGACCCACACCUGCAGAACCUCCUGUUGUAUGUGCCUUGAAAAUUUCUUUUAUUUGAAUUCAUUCCCUUGUGUCCCAUAACAAAUCCUGUGGGAUUAGACUUGCUUCUAAACAACUAUCAUUUGCACACACCAUACUCUCCAGGUACGAAAGUCAUAGGUGCCAAGUCAAUGGAAGAUAUGGUAUCCAAGUUGAAGAAACCAAGACGGGUCAUGAUGCUGGUUAAAGCUGGUUCUGCUGUGGAUGAUUUCAUUGCACAGCUGGUAACUUCAGCAGAGCAAUAAUCCAAGACUAGUUGAUUUUCUUAUUAUUUCUUCAUGAUUGUGAAAAUACAUGAGAUAAAAGGGUUUUUUUUCUCAAUUUUGUCUUUUUUUUUCUUUUCAUCACCAGGGGUUUGAUAUUAACCCUUUAACUCCAGAUCAAAUUUGUCAUUCUCCUUACCGUCAACCAUACAAUUCUCAUAAUGUUAGCUCAGAGAAUUAAGUAUUGGAUCAACUAAUUAUCCCCAAAUAGAUAUUUUUCUUUAUUCUCAUCACUUAUUUGUUUGAUAUUGUAUUGAUAUUGUAAGGAGAAAUUCUGUCUUGGUCACUCAUGGGAGUUUAAGGGUUGAUAGUUUUUUUUAUAUAAAGGUUCAUUUUCCUUUACCAGUGUAAUUGUUUUCAUCAAAACAGCAUGAAGUUAGUCACUCUAUUGAGGCAGGAAUGCUACUGCAAAUAUUAUACAACAGAAAUUCACAUCAUGACAUCUACUUCUAUCUGAAUAGGUUCCACUUCUGGAGCCAGGUGACAUUAUCAUUGAUGGAGGAAACUCAGAAUACAGAGAUUCAAUUGUAAGUGCUGUUCAACAGACCAAAAAAAAUGGACUGAAUAUAAAUUCAGUGACCUUCAUUUAGUGGAAAAAAGGUUCUUAGCAGCAUUUUACCUGUUUUAAAAAUGGCACACUUUCUGAGGGCUUAGGUUAGGGAAAAGUAAAAGCUUUGUGGAAGGAAAAUGUAUGAAUGUAUUUUUGGGCCAUAUAGAGGCUAUGAUGUUUUAUAUGCAUCAAACAUAAAAGGCAAUGCAUGGAACGAAAUAUUUAUGAACAGCUUGCUUUAAAUUAAAAAAACAUGCAAUACAGGAUAUCAAUCAUUAGCAUAGACAAAAGCUGGUCUUACUUUUCAAAACUAUUUGAAAAACAGAGACGCUGCAAGGAGCUAGAAUCCAAAAAAUUGUUGUUUGUUGGGAGUGGAGUGAGUGGUGGUGAAGAUGGUGCCCGUUAUGGUCCUUCUCUUAUGCCAGGAGGAUCAGAUGCAGCAUGGUAUGUUGUGCACAAUAUUUGAAAUGAACUGAUCAAACAUGUUAUGUCUUAUUUGCUAGAGACUUUCACAUUGCACAAAAGUAGCUCCAUCAUGCUGUGACAAAGGGCUAACACUUGCAACAUCAGCUCUAGAAACUCUUUACAGUGGCUAAUUUACAUUAUUAACUCAGUUGUAAAAAAUAAAUUAUCAUGUAAUAUCCCCCCUGGAGACAAAGAACCACAAUUUUUUUAGAAAUUUACCCGCCUAGCUUCAACAAAGUGGUGUAUUUUGAGAGACUACAUUUUUCAAGUUUGUGAUAUAAUUUAUAUGAUUCAUGUCAUUCUUCUCCAUCCCAUGCCUAUUCUUCCCUAUUUGGCGUCCUUUUACACCAGGAGCAAUAUUGUAGUUAUAACCUUAACUACUUCACAUCAUAUGAAGAGCAAUUUUAUAACUCAAAAUAUCAUGAUUCAUUAGUUCCCUUCAAUUUUCUUUUAUUUCAACAAUUCUCCUGAUAGUGUUAGCAUAAGUUGGUUAUAGUUGCCCUUCUGUAUGCCAGUUAUUAGAUGCUCAAUGGGUAGCAUGAAUUCUGUUUGUCAGCCCUGAGUCAGGUCUGACUAGAUGCUCUAGACAACCCUAAAAUUUAGGGGUAAACCUUGAGUACAUGCAAACCUUACAGGAAACCUGAUAGAAUAUUGGGGUAGAAGGCAUAUCAAUUCUGCUGUUCUUAGAUUUGAUAGUAAGUCAUAACACCUGAAUUUUCCUUCUCCAUUCUUUAAAGCAGAUUACAUUGUAUUGGCAGCAGUAAUUAUUAUUAUGAUCUAUAAAUGUGAUGGCACAUUUUAAUUUGUUAUUUUGUGAAGAUAUGCAGCAUUUUAACUCAUCUUCCCAUGGCCCAAGGUUGUUACUAAGCCACAUAAAGCUGAUCAACCUGAUGACUAUGUGUGUUUGGAUAUAUUGUCCUGAGAAUAUUAACUGUCUACUGUUUUCUUUUGUGUUCAUUAGGGCACACAUCAAACCCAUCUUUCAGUCAAUAGCUGCUAAAGUUGGAUCUGAGCCAUGCUGUGACUGGGUAAGGGAAAUAUUUGGAUUUUACUGCUUUUUGAGUUACAUGAUACAAGAUUAUCUUGAUGUGUUUUUGUAUUUUUACGUUGCACAAACCUUAACUUUAUCUAACAGUUGGAUUGCUCUGAUUUUUCCAACCCCCUUGUGUUUAGACGUGGUUAUGUUAAAGUUCUCUAAGGCACUACAGCUGUAAGAUAACAAAUUCAAUUACUUGUCUGAUCAACCCACCAAAAAAAUGGGGUAAAAAAAUGUUUUUUUUGUGUGUUUUCAUUCUUUCAGGUUGGAGGAGAUGGUGCUGGUCACUUUGUCAAAAUGGUUCACAAUGGCAUUGAAUAUGGAGAUAUGCAGGUAUGUGAAAAUUAUUAUCUUUGUCAUUUAGGUGUGUAGACUUUGGAUGGCAUAGAUUCAUAUUUUUAUGAACAUAAUUGUGUUGCUUUUAUUUGAUCUCAUGUACUUUUUUUCACAAUAUUGCUCCAUAUCCUAUUGAUAUUUUAUCAGGAGCUAUUUAUUUGGGCUCUGGUUUCUACUCUUGAUUCACUCAGAGUGACAGUUUUUAACAAUUGACCCCCUUAAGUGAGCAACUAAUUUUCUAAAAGGUCAAGAAAUUGCCUCCAGUAGAAACCAUUAUGGUUGGAAAAGUGUUGCAAGUAACCACAUACAACUUUGGGGUUUGGUUGUAUUUCAUGUAAUAGAACACUUGCUUUAUUUGUAACCUUGACUUAGUCUGGGGUCUGCAAAACCCUUUUGAAGCUUUCAAUAUUCCCUCAAGGUUAGGAUGUCUUGAUCCAUUAUUCUGCCCCUUUGAUUUGCUUAUUGUCAACAUUGAAAAGCUUUCUGUUAUUUAUUCAUUUUUUUUUGUUUGCUUUUUGUAAUCUGAAGCUGAUCUGUGAAGCCUAUCACCUCAUGAAGAAUGCCCUUGGCAUGUCAACAGAUGAAAUGAGCAAGGUUUGUACAUCACCUUAUGUCAACCUUUUACACCAUAAUAUCAGUAUUCAUAUUCUCCAUACUGGUCUCCAUACAUUUCCCAACAUACCGAUGAGAAGAAUUUCUUAAACCAACAAUCCAGAGCUUUUUCAGUAUGUGAUCAUUUCCUCUUAAUCUUGUGACCUCAAUAUGUGAUUCAGAGUUGAUAAUGUAAGGAGAAAUUAGAUGUCAGUCACAAGGAUUCACGAAUGAGUAGUAAACAACUGUUGAAGAGAUAGAUAAAGAUUUUCUAUUUAUUUGAAAACAAACCACACAAUGAAGCCACAACAAUUAACAUGUGCUGUUUGCAUGACAGGUCUUUGUGGAAUGGAAUAAGGGAGAGCUAGACUCAUUCUUGAUUGAAAUUACCAAAGACAUUCUUGCCUACAAGGAUUCUGACGGCUCCCCUCUGGUUGAAAAAAUUAGAGAUUCUGCUGGCCAGGUAAAGUGAUAUUGUUUUGGUACUUUUGUAGCUAUUAGAUGUGAAUAUGUGACUAGAAUAUCUGAUCAUGGUGACUAACAAUAAUUCUUUAUUUAUUCAGAAAGGAACUGGCAAAUGGACAGCAAUUUCAGCCUUAGAAUAUGGAAUGCCAGUCACUCUCAUUGGUAAUUAUAAGUUAUUUCAAAUUUAAUUUAUUCAGUGUUUCACCUAUUUUAAAGAAGUGUUUUCUCUGUGUGUACUAUAGGUGAGUCUGUGUUUGCUCGUUGCCUCUCCUCGCUACAGGCAGAGCGUGUUGAAGCCAGUUCACAUCUCAAAGGACCUGCUACCUCAAAGUAUACAGGAGAUAAAAAGGAAUUUAUUGAACAUAUUAGAAAGGUAAAUUAAUAUCAAGUGAACCACAGCUUAAAGACAGAUGGGUUGUUCUGAGGUGUAAGCUUAACCCAUUAAUUCCCAAGAUCUGAUUGCCAAUUCUUCCCUCUUGCUGCUACACAUUUCCCCCUAAAUAAGUUACAAUAAUUUGAUAUUAGAUCAAGAUAAAAACUUCCACCUGAUAAGUUUGAGUAUUCUCCAAUACUGUAAGGAGAAAUUAGAUGCUAGUCACUCUUAAAGGUUAAAGAGUUAAGUGACUCAAAGUAUAGUAACAUGACCUGAAGAGAAGGAUAUGGAAGGAUAGCUCCCGGCCAGAAAUAACAACACAAGAGGCAUGAAGUUGAUAUUUUGUAUGUACGAUAUACAAAUACAAGCAGAUACUUUCCUUUGCGCAAGAGUCAGCCACAACCACACACUUUACAUUUAUUCACUCAAAACUUAGUACACCUUAGCAAGGUUCAGCAACUUAAGUGAAAAAUAAUCUAAUUUCUGAUUGUAAUGAAUUUAUUUAAUACCAUUGAACAGGCUCUGUAUGCAUCGAAGAUUGUGUCCUAUGCUCAGGGCUUCAUGUUGAUGAGGGAGGCAGCCAAAGAGUUUAAUUGGACAUUGAAUUAUGGCGGUAUUGCUCUCAUGUGGAGGGGAGGCUGCAUCAUAAGGAGGUAAAUCCGGCGAUGUGUUCUUGUUUAUGAGUCUCUGCGGGUAAAUUGAUUACUUUGGAUAUCCUUGUCUUUUUCUGAACAUUCGGCAUUGGCAAAAGAUUUGUUAUAACUACUUGGAGCGCAUUUCGAUUGAGUAUCGUAUCCCAUCAGAGCAAAGGAAAUAUUACAAAGAGCUGAUGAGAACUUAAAGUAUAAGGAGCAAACUAUCAUUCAAGUGAUUAAAGAGAGGAGAGAUUGAAAAGGUGUCUCGUCAGCCAUCAUAGAGGCAACAAAUUGAAUUACAUUAUUCAGUUACAACCUUCAGAGUACUUAGCGUUGAGGAAGGCUCUCUUGUCAAGCAAAUCCUUCGAGGUCGUCAAAGGUUUUGAACUGGAUGGGGCGGGAGUCUUCGGUUUGCCAUAGAUAGAUGGUAAAGCUCUUACACCAACAAAACCUGAAACCAUCACGAAUUUGAAUUUUUUUUUUUGUAUCCGCCAGGAGUUGUUGGACUUGCGGAGUAAGAUUAUCGUAGAGCUUCAUGUUCUCUAAAGUGCAAUCGGCUGGUAAACCUAUUAAAGAAGCUUAUCUUUCAUGUUGAUGUUACUUCCUUCUCAACAAGUGGUACUAAGAAAUCUCCCAUUUUACUUCGUCACUGUUCAUAACCUUUUCAAAUUCUCUCUCUUUCGUUUAUUUGCAGUGUUUUCCUAGGUAACAUCAAGGAUGCAUUUAUCAAGAAUCCUUCUCUUCAGAAUCUGUUGUUAGACGAUUUCUUCAAAGAUGCCAUUCACAAUUGCCAGGUAAGCCAUGCACAGCUUCGUUUUUAAAUAUUCCUUUGACAGACAAUCCGAAAGAAGGACAUUUUCGAAAGAGCCAAUGAAAUCUUUCCGUUGAAACUCUUAACCGGCCUUGAGUGCAUGAAAGCGAGAGUGAAAAAAGUUCCAUCUGAUUGGUUGAGAAGUUGGCGACAGCAUUUUAAAGCAGUCCUAGAGCUCAUUUGCUCUUACUUAAGCAAAACUAUCACAUUAACGAAUUUCUUUCGACGCCCCAUUUUAAACGUUGCCAUCGUUCUAAUAAAGACUUAGAACAAAUGUUUGAAAAAUCAAAUUUCAAAUUUGAUGUAUUUGAAUGUUAUAAUUCGAAUAUAUGAAGUGUGGCAAGAGAUGUGAUCAAGGUGACGUGGUUUUUUCUUUGGCUAGUUUUCUUGAUUGCAUUUCUUUCAUUUUUGUAGGAUUCUUGGCGAAAAGUGGUUGCUGCUGCUGUGACUCUUGGGAUACCUACUCCAGCAUUCAGCACAGCACUUGCCUUUUACGAUGGCUAUAGGUAACUUCAUUUCUAUUCUUAUGAAUUAUAAAGAUGAUGUGAAGUUAACUUAAGUGAUCACCCUUGCUAAAUGAAACGUUACUCCUCUUAGAUUUAAAUCAGUGAAAUGCAUAAACAUUUAGGAACAGAAUAAGAAAAUCCACAGAUAAAUAUUUUUAUGUUUUCAUUCUGUUUGCAGAUCGGCCCGCCUUCCAGCCAACCUUAUUCAGGUAAAGGCUAAAUUCUGUGCUAAUAGCAUUUUAUUUUUACGACUUUGUAACGCAAGCAACAAACACAUACAAUUUUGAACAAGAUCACUCAAGUAGACUCACUGAUUAAAGAAACACGAAAAAAAAUUAUAGUAAAAAGUUCUGAGAUCAAACGUUAGAAUCAUUAAACCCUACACACCUCAGUGGUAUAAACUAAAGUAACUUAUGCCACAAGGACUCUCGUACAUCCAUGGCGAUAAGAAAUCGUCAAAAUACCUCUCUCAUUUCCACUUGCGUUGUAAUUCCGCUGAUCGUAAAGAAGUUCGUGUUUAUUUGUUAUCGCAGGCGCAACGUGACUAUUUUGGUGCCCAUACCUACGAGUUGCUAAGCAAACCCGGUCAUUUUGUGCACACCAACUGGACUGGUCAUGGAGGCUCCGUAUCCUCAACCACCUACCAGGCCUAAUCAGCGAGGGACUCAAAACACGGAGAAUGAUGAGCGACAAAUGGUUUUAAUUGUUGCGCCGUAAUUUGUCUUUGUUGCAGUCCAGUGAAUCAGCACUCUCCCAUACGUAAUUCAGUAUUUCAAUGUUAGCUAUGAAAAAAAAAUUGCAACAGUAGUGUUUUAGAAGAAAUUCGCAGCAAGGAAUUAAACAGGAGGCUAAAACACCAUCAACUGUUAAAGGAAAUAAAACAUUUGGUUUUCUAAAGGGUGUGAUUUAUUUGAUUUAUUAGCAUGGCUGAUGUUCUUCCGAUUUUAAAGUUAGAGUUCACAAAGUACGGUAAUAAGGAGAAGGAAAAAAAAAAAAGAAAAAGAAAACACUGUUGACGUUUCAAAGUCUUGCUUCUUUCUUCGUUACCUCCGUUGGAAAUCUUCUUUACAAGCUCUUUGUCAAACCGUCACCAUAGGAACGAGUACCAUUUAAAAUUAUUCUUUUACGAAUCGCUGAUAAAUGUUCCAAAAUCAAUUUAUCCGUUCCGAAAUACUUCUUUUCUUUUCUUGAAGGUGCUCUUCCAUGAUUUGUGGCUUGUUCUCGAGCCAUGAAUUAAAGAAGGAACCGACACCCACUGUGAUUUCGACGGCCAUCGAAAGUUUGAUAAGGCUUUUCGCAAGCGCUCCGUGAACAAUUUCAGUGUCCUGUAUAGCCAAACCAACCCUUAUUCGUAAGUAAACCAAUUACAAGUGACUCAACAGGAAUCGUUUCCGUGGUUUUUUGCGAGCGACUCGAAAAGAAUGUUCUGAGGUUUUUCACAAAGUGGACUGAAUGUCGUUAAAUCUCUUUAGUAAUGCAAAUUAGAUCGACUCUCUUUGCCGGUGCAGAGAAAGACAGAGAUCUAGUCACUUAUACUUGCCCAUGAAAAUGGUUAAUAAAUACCAUUUUCUAGGAAUUUCUCUGCAACUUUUUGUUCUAUUCUUUUUAUAUCGGCUUUUCUUCGUAAAGGAAACUGUUAUUGUUCAUAGCUCAGUGUCGGGAAAGUUUUCCAAUCCCCAGACGUUUAAAAGUGACAAAAAAUUGCGACAGCGGACGGUGGAUUUUACCUGGAAUAAUAUACCACGGAGAUCUCGGCCCCCUGAAGAUGAUAUGCACGAGAAGUGGAUUGUUCUUACCACUGUAAACCCACCCACGGCAGAUGUGAAGAAGUUAGCGGGCAUGAAAGGCUGGAAGGUUGUAGUAGUCGGUGACACAAAAACACCUACGGAUUGGAGGUAUGUUGUUAAUAUUUUGUUACUUGGAUGA